AUGUCUCAUUGUCACUUCACUUUUGCAGGAAAAGAAUGGUGCACACAUAAUUGUUCAUUCAUAACAAUUAAACAAAAAGAAACACAACAAAAAGACGAUGUAAAUGUUGUUGCUUCAACUUCUAAAGGAAUAGAAGCAGAAGUUGUUCCUUUAUCUUUUUCAAACUACUCUGAAGUUGUACAAAGUGAAAAUGCUGACAAGACGAACAAAUUACUUAAUACAAAUAAAUUACUUGCUGUAGUACGUUCAAAUGCUAAAUUAUCAGAAGAAUUGUUGAAACUUUAUAAAGCGGUGAAUAACCUCAAACCAAAGACUAUAGAGAAUAAUAACCGGCAGAAAUUGAUGGUUUCAAAGGUAAAUGAAGAGGUAGUUUUAAAUAAUGAUACGAUCUUUACCUCACUUGAUGAAGAUGAGGAUAUGAAUCCUUUGGAUGAGCCUUCCUAG